AUGCAACGUCGCCGCAAACCUCCUCCAGCUGGUGCUCUUUCUGACUUCCCCCCACUCAAGAUCGUGAAAAAGAUCAUCGCACUCCAAGCUGCCUAUUAUGCCUGCGCUACGAUCCUAAUCCUCUUCACGGCUCUGGUUGCCGGCACUGCCUUUUCACCAGAUCUCAUUCUCUCCUGGCGCAGUCUCCGCGGCGAUACGACGAUAGGAUGGACACUCGGGCUUGUCUGGCUUCUUAACAGUGCCGCCGGCGUCAUCUUCCUCCUCCUAUGGGUCUCCCGCUCAAAACUCAUCCCUGACUUCGCAAUCACAAUUCACUUCAUACACUUAGGCAUCACCUCCCUGUACACGCACGCCGUCCCCUCAAACUGGCUUUGGUGGGGUCUACAGAUCGCCAGCUCUGCGCUUAUGACGUUCCUGGGUAUGUGGGCUUGCCAAUGGAGGGAACUGCAGCCCAUCGUUUUUGGAGGGGGCGUAGCAUCCAGUGGUUCCUCGCCUAGUGGUGGUGACAACAGUCAUUCAGGCCACGGGGAUCCGCCCAGAGAUGAGGAAGAAGAAGGCCGUGGUGGGAUUUUUGGGUUUUCGAGAGGCAGAGGACGUGGGAGGAAUAGGGAUGGCGGAGGGGAGUAUGAGAUGGUUGGAAUGAAGGAGAGGGUUGACGAUCCUGUCUGA